UUCGAGAAAACUUCGUCUACUAUACUAUUUUUUUUGUAAAUGAAAAAGAAAACAUAAGAAAAAAAUGUGAGUAUGGCAAAAGAUGCAAGGAAGUGUUCACAUUGUGGACAUAAUGGACAUAAUUCAAGAACAUGUAAUUCGAAAGGAAUUAAAUUGUUUGGAGUUCGAAUCGACGAUAGUAAUAAUACAAAUCAGCAUAGGUUUGUUGAUACAAAGAUGAAGAUGGGAGACUAUGAAUCUAUAAGGCGGAGCAAAAGUUUGGGAAAUCUAGAACAUGCCGCUGCCGCCGCCGCCAAUUAUGAUCACAACGGCGGCGUCGAGGCGGGAUAUCUUUCCGAUGGGCCAAUUAUUUCUAUCAGACAUAGAAAAAAGGGAACCUCUUGGACUGAAGAGGAACAUCGUUAUUUCUUAAUUGGAUUAGAAAAUCUUGGUAAAGGCGAUUGGAGAGGAAUUUCCAAACGUUAUGUACCUUCAAGAACUCCAACACAAGUAGCUAGUCAUUCUCAAAAAUAUUUCAUUAGAAUAGCAUCAAUUGAGAAGAAGAAACGUCGACCGAGUGUGUUUGAUGUGCACUUAAAAAAUCCGAAUUCACAUAUUCCCUCCAAAUCUUCAUCUUAUAUUCCUGAAGUCUCUAAGGAGACAAGUUUUCCUUUGAAGCAACUAUUUGACACAUGUCAAAUUAAAGGACAGGCUAGCAAAGGCAUUCCUAGUGCAACUCGAGAAAGGCCCCCACUUUCACCGUCACCAAUUAGUAGACCUUUUGGAGUCCCUAACUUAGCCCACAUGCCUUACGUAGUUGGAGUUCCUCAGAAUAUCCAAGGUGUUUCAUCAUCCAAAGUAGGACCAACAAUCUCAUGGAUUCCGAUAGUGAAUUUCCAUAAUGAGAGUCGUGUUCAUCUUAAAAAUUCUUCACAAGGCCCCCUUCCAUUUGCACCUUUUGUGGCACGACCAACUAUUGGUGUAUUACCUUCACAACCACCUUCUCAAGUUCAAUCUCAACCAGGACAUUCUACUCCAAUAACAAAUAAAGAUGGGGUUAACAUAAUUAUUGGAGCUCUUUGAUUUUUGAAAUUCGAUUUUUUUGAUAUCUUAUUCUUUAUAUGACAAUAAAUAUUAGUUGGGCAAUUUUUGGGUCGUUAUUCUGCCUAGCUAGCUACUUUUUUUAAUUUGUUGAGGUACAACGAGAGUGUGAAUUUUGCAGCGAUUGAAUUAAUUAUUUGUUGAAUUCA